AACAGGCAAAACCUGGCAACUCGGAUCAAAUUAACUGAGCUAGCUAGCUAGACAACGGCUGUUGAAGCAGCUAAGUUCCUCUGGUUUGGACAGUCAACAAAGCAGCCGUGUAACGUUAAUCUACAAAGUGUGCUUCAGGAUUAUGUCUGGAAGUGACAAUGACUCUGUUGACUUGACCAGAACAGGCUCCCCAGUUCAUCACCGAAAAAAACACAGCAUGGAGUCAUCCAGAUCUCCCAGAAGUUCCAAACACCACCAUUCAAGGUCAAGGUCACGCUCCAGGGACCGGAAACGUGACCGGAAAUACAGACGGAGUCGCAGCAGGAGUAAAGAGGCACGAAAGAGGGACUCUGAGAAGCCAUCAAAAUCACACAGAAGAACAGAUGAGCAGCAAGAGCCAGAGAGACUUUCAGCAGAGAAUGGAGAGGAGCGAUCCAGACGCAAAGACAGGAGGCCCUCCAAGGGCAGGAGCGUGUCCAGGUCACACUCACGAGAGAGACGGCCUCACAGCAAAAGUAAGGACAAGCGGCGAUCACGAUCACGCAGCCGGGACAGGAAGAAGAAGGCUAGGUCUCGCUCAGGUUCAAGGACCAAACACCGUCAUCAUAGCAGAAGUCGCAGUAAGAGCAGGGAGCGAAAGAAAAGGAGUGAGAAAGUGCGCAGAAAGAGUCGAAGCAGGUCUGUUAAUCCACCUGCCUUCAGGGGCCGAAACACAGCUAUGGAUGCACAAGAGGCCCUGGCCAGAAGGCUGGAGAGAGCCAAGAAGCUACAGGAGCAGAAGGAGAAGGAAAUGUUGGAGAAACAACAGCAGCAACAGCAGGAGAUAGCUGCGGUGACUGCCCCUAUCGCAGCAGUAGCUGCUGCAGCUGCAGCGACCACCUCAAACCCUGCCCUUAAUGUGGCGGCCCUCCUGGCCUCUGGGACCCAGGUCACGCCUCAGAUAGCCAUGGCUGCGCAGAUGGCAGCCCUUCAAGCAAAAACACUGGCAGAGACUGGUAUUGCUGUGCCCAGCUACUAUAACCCAUCUGCUGUAAACCCCAUGAAGUUUGCAGAUCAGGAGAAAAAGAGGAAAAUGCUAUGGCAGGGGAAAAAGGAGGGGGACAAGUCCCAGACAGCUGAGUUGUGGGAGAAGCUAAAUUUUGGAAACAAGAACCAAAAUGUUAAAUUCCGCAAACUAAUGGGUAUUAAAGGAGAGGAUGAAGUUGAAGCUGCCAAACCACUUAACGAUGAAGGCUUGAAGACUCUUCAGAAGCAGGAGGAGAUGUUUAGGAACCUUGACGUUCAGUAUGAAAUGGCUCGAUCGCAGACACACACCCAGAGGGGAAUGGGCCUUGGUUUCUCCUCCUCAUUCUCACGUGGAAUGGACUCGAUCUAGUGCCAACCAUUGGCCCGUCUUUGCCACUCAUCCGGGACACCCAAUUAUCGCUAGCCCUCAAGCUUGCAUGGAUGUUGCUCUGAAUCUGCAAUUUAUUUAUAGAAAACAUCUCACAUAUUGGAACAUUAUAAUGUAAAUAGCCAGAUGCUGAGUUUGUCUCAGUGUUUAUUAAUCUGUACUGUAAUCUUUGCAAAAGGAUGCAUCACCUUGACUGGUUGAUACUGGUUAAUAUUAGAUAUUUGUUUGAAUAAUGUGGUAGCUUUUUUUUUAACUCAUAUAUAUUGAUAUGUGGUUGUUUGAACAUAAACUGAAUAUAAUGUGGUUCAGUAGGCACUGUUUACAUCCAUUUAGCAAAAGGCAUCUGAAGUCAAUGUAGCAUUAUCAGAAUCCCACAGAUUCAUUUCUCCUGAUUGUGGAAAAACAAAACAGUGGGUUGUAAUACAUAUUGUCUUCAGGAUUGCUAUGGAUAAAGAUGUGCUUGACAGGAGAAAAUCACACAUAUUUCAAAUGUUCUUGAAAUAAAUUAGUUUUGUGUUGAAUAAGA